UUAUUUUAAAUGUCAACAACUAAUGAUUAGAUGGCUUGGGAAGAUGCAUUUCACCAGCAAAUAAUUGAAUUAUCUCUCUCAGAAAAUGUGGAAAAUCUAAGAGAUGAAAGAACUAUAAAACAUAAUAAAGUUACAAAAGAAGAAAUAGAAAGAUUAACUGUUGAUGAAAAUUUAAAGCCAACCCAGCGUGUAAUUUAUAUUUUAAAAAAUGGGCAGGAUAUUCAAAAAAUUAGUACCAUUAAUUCACUGGAUGUUAUCUUAAAAGAUGAACCUCCAGAUUGUUACAAAGACAUUUUACCUCUUAUAAAAGAUGCUAUGAUUAUAAGAUUACGUGAAAUUCAGAUUGCAGGUGCUACUGUUUUGUGGAGGUUACUAAAAAAACAUUUGUUGGACGGCAAAAAGUUUUUUACAAUUUUUUUAGACCACAUUUUAGCAGAAUUAUUAGCUUGGGAUAUAGAUGUAUGUGAUGCUUGGCUGGAAACUAUAGUUUACUUACUAUAUCUUCUCAAGCAGCAAAAUGAUCAUAGCUUAUCUAUUUUGGAAAGUAAACUUAUAGAUUUUCUUGUGAAAAACUGCUCUUUGAAUCAGUCCACUGCAAUUAGAAAAGUAUGCUGCAAAAUUGUAGGUUCACUAGCUGCUGUGGUCAGUAAAAAGAGACUACUAUCUGAUCUUAUGCCUAAAUUAAAAUCUUUAUGCCAAGACAUUGACUUAGAUGUUCGUGCUAGGAUGUGCAUUGAGCUUGGAACUAUGAUACAAAUUUUAGAAAAUGAUUUAUCAAAACAUCACCUCUUUCCAGAAUUAUAUAUGCUGAUAGAUGAUGAAGAAGCCACUGUUCGACAAGCAGCAUUUAUGACAAUUACAAAUCUUUUAACAAAUUUAAGUCAAGAUUUACUAGAUUCAUUGAAAAAAGUUGUUUUGAAAUUUCUUGCCAAAGCGUUAGUGAAAAAACAUGGUGAUGAACUAAUUUCAAUUGCUGAGCUUUUUGGAAGAAAUUUUUUAGCUUUAUCAGGUUUCCUAACUAAUGAAGAGCGUUGUUCAUUAUUGAGCUGUUAUCAAAUGCUGUGUUUUCACGGAAAUAAUUUAGGAACAGUAUCUACAAUUAGUCCUAAUUUAGUUAUGAAUGAAAUUGUUCCACUUGAAAUGGAAGAUAAAAGAGCACAAUGUCGGUACUGGUGUGCUGUUAACUUGCCGGUUAUACUAUCUUGUGGUAACAAAAAUGCAUUUCAAGCAUGUCUUCUUCCAUGUUUAAUUUCCCUGUCAAAAGAUCCAUCAGUGCUAGUACGAAGAACAAUGGCAAUGUCACUAUAUGAGAUUGCAAAACAUUUGUCUGACGAUACUUAUCUAAUGCAUGCAUGUAUUGCAGAUAUAAUUAAAGAUUCAAGUAUAUAUGUAUUGGAUGGUUUUCUAUUAAUUAUGCCGUCAAUAUUUGAAGCUCUUCAGACUUCAGGGGGUAAAAAUUUUAUACCAGAGUUAAUACCACAACUACUUGAAUCUGAAGAUCGGAUAUCAUCUUCUCUUCAUUGGAGGAUAUAUGAGCAUUAUCUAGAAGCUAUUAGUUGCUUGCAUUUUUAUCAAACAUCAGAUCAGAUUAUGACAAAGAUUGUUCCUAACCUUCUUAAAGUUUUAACUGCAAAUAAAGUGCGCCCUGUCAUGUUAGCUGCAGGCCAUUGUCUGUUAACCCUUUUAAAACAUAAUGGGAAUAUCAGAGAUAGAGAAGAAAUUUGUGAGAAGUUAAUUAAUUUGUUGGCUCGUUCAGAACGCUGUAAAUAUCGUAUACUUUUUAUGAAUUUAUAUCCCUACAUUGCUGAAUUAUUUUCAAGAAGAUUUUUCAAAUGUAUGUUCUAUGAUGUUGCAAUGCAAAUGGCAUUGGAUCCCAUUAUUAAUGUUCGUUUAAAGUUUUGCACAACAUUGCCACUUUUAAAAUCUUUACUUUGUUUACCAUUGGACAGAAUGUUAUUACAAACAUUGGAACUAACUGUAAGAAGAAUUAUGGCAUUAGAAAAUGAUAAAGAUGUUUUAGAUGCUAUAAAAAAUGUAAUUGAAGAACUAGACACUGUACGUGUAUGCUUAGAUCUGGCUAACCCUAGUGAAGCUGAUAUAAAAGAUCUUGAGAAAGAAAAGUUUGAAGAUAGUGUUACAGAGGAAUUUCAAAUUGAAAAAAAAUCACGAACAGUUUCGUUGGGUACCAAGGACUCUAUCAAAAAAGUAACAUCAAAAGGCACGAGGAGUAGCUCGUCUGUCGUACUUACGCGUAAAAUAGGCUCUUCAGGUGUUAAAGACAAAGAAGUAACCUCCAAGGUAGCAGCACCAGCCAGUGUAAAAACAUCUAAAAAAAGAAUCGUCCCUUGAGGUAUUACGAAAUCUUUGCAGUUCCAAAUAAUUAUAAAAAAAAGUAAGAAACAGCAGAAGACAUCUCAGGAUGAUUCAAGUGUCAAUAGUUAAGCAAGAUGACGCGACACCAGCUAAUAGCAUUCCGUUUAUUGUCAUAUAUUUAUAAGGGUAUUUUUGUAUGUUAUCCAUAUAUGUGUUUGUUAUCCGCUAUAAGACAUUAACGUCUUUUCUAAUUAUCUUAUAGUUUUAUAAGGUAUUUGCUGUUUUUUACGGUAAUUGCUUGGCUUUUCUUACGGUAAUUAGUAUGUGUUAGAGUCAAAAUUUACAAACUAAACGUAUACGAUUUAAAAGUUUGUGUGAUUUUAUUAAAUUUUCUUGGACUUUAGGUGUAUAGGGUGAAAAGUAUUAUGUUGUUUUGUUUAUUUAAAUAGCACCUCUAAAUUUUUCUGCCCUUGCUCGCAGCGUUUACUUUUAAAUCUGCUGAUUGAAACUUCUUUCUUCCAAUAU